AUGGCUUCAAAUGUGACAUUAUGUUUUAAUAGUUUCAUUUAUGAUAUAAAUAAUUUCGAAUGCUUAAUUAUUCGUAUAAUAGGAUCAAUUAUAAUAUUUAUAGCAAUGAUUUCACUAAUAUUUAAUAUUCGUUUCAUUUAUUGGUCAUUAUAUCAUCGGCAUCUUCGGUUUCGUCAUUAUUCCUUGGUAUUAUCAAUGGUUUUAUCAUCAACAUCAUUAAUUAUUGUGAUAGUACCAUCAAUAUUCAUCCAAUGUUUAUCUUGUCAUCGACUGUGUUCACCAUUUUAUUGUCAACUUGAAGGUUUUGUCUCAUAUUUAAAUGGUUGUGUUCAUAUGUUUACGUUAAUGAUGAUAUCAAUUAUUCGUUAUGCUACAAUUCUUGAAACGAAUCCACAAAACCGAUUUACUGGUCAACAUUCAUAUUGGACAGUUAUUGUUUGUUGGUUAUUUGGUCUUAUUUUUGCAUUACCACCAUUAUUUAAUUGGAAUAAAUAUACACCUGAAGGAAUUGGUUUUCAUUGCGGAUUAAAUUGGUUUGAUCGAUCACUUAGUUCACGUAUUUAUUUUAUUUUAGCUUUUGUAUUUAUUUAUUUUAUUCCAUUAGUUGCGUUAUUAAUUAUUAAUAUAUUUGCUUAUUGUAAAAUUCGAUCGUUAUUUUAUCGUACAACAAGAGCGUCAAAAUCAUAUAUUUCAUUAAAUGUAUCUUAUCAGAAACAUCAACCAACUUCGUAUAAUUCAUCGUCAAAUAGUGAUUCAACAAUAAAACACGAAAAACUUGGUUUUAUUGUACCAGCUAAUUCAAUGAAUGUAAGUUCUCGAUUAGCUAUUCGUCAAACACGUACCUUUCAAAUGAAUUAUCUCAUGCAAUUAAAUCGUUUAAAAGCUGAUCGACGUUUUGCUUUAGCAACAAUAUUUUUAGUCAGUGAAUAUUUACUUAGUUGGACACCAUACGCCAUUGUAGCUUUAUUUUAUUUAUUUAAUUUAAAGUAUAUCAGUCAACAAUCAGUAUUAAUGACAGUAUGUGCAUUUAUUGCCAAAACUGCAAUGAUUUUAAAUCCAUUCAUUUAUCUAGCAAUAACAAAAACUAAUGUAUUCAAAUCGAUGUUGUGGUGUAAUAAAUAUUCGUGUUGUUAUUGUCGAAUUAACAGAUAUAGCUUAGCUGUGUAA